AGAAAAAUUGGAAAAGGUGUUUGUGAUAUUUGUUUCUCCCUAGCCAUACACGUACCCAAGCCCCAAAAGUCUUCUUACUUUUCUGAUUUUCUUGGCUGCUUCUGAAGUCCAGCAGCUGCUUUUCUUCUUUCUCUAUUUCCCCUUUCUUUGUUCUUCUUUCUUCUUCCUUCCUUACACGGCAACAUCUCUCCCUCCCUUUCUCACCAAAAAAAAAAAAUUCUAGUUUCUUUGAAGAAGAAAUUAGACAAUUAACCCUAAGAUUUUAUCUUCAAAGUGUGUGGGUGACGAGAACGAGAACACGGACGCCUGAGCUCCUCGUAUACAAUCUCUCGUGCCUUCUGUUUUCAGCAAUUAUUGUCUGCCAUUGUCAAGGAUGGAAAUGACAAUAUAUUCCCAGUGGCAAUGAUUGUGGUUGAGCAAGAGAACAAAGACAGCUGGAUCUGGUUCUUGGAGCAGUUUGCAGAUGACAUUGGCAGGCUAGAGGAGCUCAAUCUGGUAUUCAUCAAUGACAGGCAGAAGGGUCUUCUACCUGCAAUGAAGACUCUAUUCCCAAUUGUGGAGCGCAGGUAUUGUGUGAAGCAUAUAACAGCUUCAAGGUUAACCACAAGAGCAUGGAGUUGAAGAGUGUACUGUGGAGGUGUGUUGGUACAACAUCAGUCAGGGAAUUUGAGAGGGGGAUGAACUUUCUUAAGAGUUUGGAUGAAGAAGCUUAGAAGUACCUCGCUGAUAUAAAGCCUGCAUAGUGGACUAGAUCCCACUUUUCUCCAAGAGCUUUAACAGAUUGUCUGGUAAACAAUCUGAGUGAAAGUUUUAACUCUAUGAUUGUGAAGGCUAGAGACAAGCCCAUCUUAUCAAUGCUGGAGCGGAUCAGAGUUAGGCUUAUGAGCAGACUGUAUAUAAAGAGGAUUGGCAUAGAAAAGUAUGGUGCCAAGUUGUGUCCAAGCAUACAGGACAAGUUAGAGAAGUUAAAAUUAGAGUCCAAGAGAAUCUGUGCAAUGCCAUCUAGGAGGUUUGUGUAUAAGGUUGACAAUGAGAGGGAAAGGCAUGUGGUGGACUUGGUAGGGAGGACAUGCAGUUGUAGAGCAUGGGACUUGACAAGAAUCCCUUGCAAGCUUAGAGUUGCAACCAUUUUUGUGAAUCAUGAGAAACUAGAAGACUACACCCAUCCAUGCUACUACAAUAAUGCUUUUGUGGAGACAUACAAGACACCCAUACCUCUCAUGCCAGGCCAGUCUCAAUGGAUGUCAAGUGGCCAACCCAAGCUUGUUGCACCUACUAUCUAUAAGCCACCAGGCAGGCCACCCAUGAAGAGGAAGAGAGAUGCUAAUGAGCCAAGGAACCCUUAUAAGGUAUUUAGAGCAAACAAGCGAGUAAGGUGUGGAAGGUGUCAAAAGGAAGGGCAUAAUGCAAAGGGAUGCAAGGCCAAUGUCACUGGUGAGACAGCAUGGGAGAGAAGGCAAAGAUUGCAUAAAGGAAAAUCUGUAAGUUUUUACAAAUUUUUUUUAUUCAAAUGCAAAAUGCCAAUAAUUGAUAUUGUAGAAGCAUGCUUUUAUUUGGUUGCUGGGAAGUGGAAGGCCUUCUACAUGCAAACAAUGAUCCCAGGCCCCAUCUUCAUCACAGGCCCAAUCUACUUCCUAAGCCCGUUUCUCAUCUUAACCCUUAACAUCAUCUCAGCCCCCACCAACACAUCAGCCUUACACUAUGGCCUUAUCUUUAUCCAACCAGGCAACAGGGUCACAGCCACCAGCUCCACAACCACCAGCUCAGACUCCAUGCUCACAGAACCCAAGUCAGUGGUACUCUUCAGACUUCAGGUACACAGUUAAAUGAGCUCAUUGGUUCUCUUCAAGCCAGCUAGCACCAUACACCCCUGCAAAAACAUGGGACACUAGAGCACCAUCAUCACAGCCUACAAGACCACCUGCUACCAAAGGAGCUACUUUGAGAGGAAGGGGUGAUGCAGCUAGGACUUAGAAAUGUAGAACAAGAGUGGAAAGGCCAGCUAUUGUGGGAGAGGCAGGAGCAAGGGCAGGGGCAGUAAAUGAAGACUAAGUCAAGACACUUUUGUUGAUAUGUAUUAGGGUUAUGUAGUGUUAGAGUUAUAUGUAAUUUAUAGACAAUGGCAGGGCAGCCACUGUUGGGAUUUGUAAACAAUGGCAGAGCAGACAAUGGCAAGACACUUUUUAUAUAGCUGUUCAAACACUUUUUUUAUUUUUGUAAGUUUUGUAAACAAUGGGCAGGUACAACUGUUUUGGUUGUUGUUGUACCAAAUGCCAUAUAUUUACUAGUGGUUGAUGAAAGACGAUUCAAUGCCACCUUAAAUAUGUAUACAAUUUCUCAAUUUAAUGGCAGGUGUUUAGAAUUAUUAUUCAGAUUA